CAAGCUUAAAUUCGUAUUCUGUUGGCACUCCGUCAUGACGUCUGCAGGUCCUGCCGGGACACAGACCAUCGCGGGCGUGCCCGUGGAGCUGGGGCAGCCCGUGCAUGUGAACACUAAGAAGCAGCUGCAGCGCCAGAUAAACGCUAUCGUGGGCUGGAAUGAGCUGGACCGCGCGCCCAUGAACGUGGCUCAAACCAUGCUGCGUGGCAACGAACAGCAGAUUGGCGAACACCCUUACUUCGUGUGCGAGAAGUCGGUGGGCGUGCGCUACCUAGCACUGCUAGUACAGGGUCGCUGCUACCUUAUCUCACAGAACUACGAGAUCCGCGAGGUGACGCUCUUCUGCCCCGUGCGCCCCGAUCGUCUGCAACCUGGUGUGGAUCGCAACACAGUCGUGCCACAUCAAUGGACAAUCCUGGACGGACUUAUGGUGUGUGACAAAGAUGGCAACAAGUCGGUGCUCACAUUGCUACUGUACGACAUCCUGGCACUCAAUGGCAGCCCCGUGAUGACCUCCAAGCUGCAGGACCGACUCAAGCUCAUCCAGAACGACGUGGUGGGUCCACGGAAGCAACUACCGCCGCCCAAAGGACAACCACCCGACAUGUUUCAACUCGUGCUGCAGUCCAUGUACCCCAUCAACCGUGUGGGGCAUGUGAUCCGCAGCAUUCUACCGAGAGUCUCCCAGACAAGGCAGAAUGCCGGACUGGUGUUCACGCCUGUGCUGCUGCCAUACACGCCCGGGUACUCUAAGGGGCUGUAUAAUUGGACGCCAUCGUCAGUGUUGUUUGCAGACUUCCAACUGGGUGUUGAAUGGAGAGGACGUCCACCGAAGCCCGGAUUUAAGCUCAUAAUCCAUGACAAGCGCACACAGAUCUUUCACGACUGGAUCACAUUCGCACCAGAUGACUUCGAGGCCUUCCGACAGGACAAGAAAGCGUCUUCGCGUAUCGUGGAGUGUGUGUACGAUCCCGAGUGGCUCACGUACAUUCCGUCACACGAUAAGAGCACCUGGACUUCUGGAAGCACGGAGUUUAAUGCUACCGAUCGCGGCAUCGGAUGGCGGAAAGGUGGCUGGAAGUUUAUCCGAUGCCGCCCAGAUCGCAGUAUGCCGCUCGAGCGCAGUUAUCUUGCGAUGAUAGAGAAAGCAAUUGGCGAAGAUAUUAAACUUGACGAGAUCGAGCGGUUUUUUCCCGACGAUCCCAGCAAGAAACCUCAACAAAAGAGUCGUCAUGACACUCCAUCAACGGCAGACGUAAGUGUUUCAUCUUCUUCAGUUGUUGCUUCUGCAAUCUAUCAAUGUUACCCUUGUGUAAUAGGAUUUUGCUCCACCAAGUAAGAAGAAACGUGGUAGUGGAGCAGGUGGUGGCCAAGGGCCUGGGACAGGUGUAUGCUACGACUUCCAAAACAAGGGCGUAUGUCAGCGCGGUCGGUUCUGCCACUUCUCGCAUUGUGCAUGUAAUUCUACGUGUUCAUGUACACCGACCAAGAAUACUUAUGGCCAACGACCUUCGUACAGGAGAACCGACUACGACGCCCCACCAUCUCCUGAAGUCACGCCUUCAUCGAUCGCUGAUGCAUCUUCGAUACCGGACAAGCCUCCUUCGUUGCGUCACACCAACUCGUUCGAACGUGAUUCGAGUCUCAAGACUGACGGGAACACAGGAGAGGAGGAAGAAGCUGGAGAACUCACCGACAACAACAACUUGCACAUCAACAGCAUCUACGCACCUCUCGAGAACUUUGACAAGGAAACAAUUGCAGCUAAGCGUGCGCAGCUAACAGCACUCGGAAACCGUCGCAUCUGGGCAAGUCUCGGACUUGAAGAUAAACCGCAGCGAACACGUCCCUGCGGACUCAUCGUGUCGAAAUCUGGUGAAGUGGCGUAUGUCCGUCCAUUGGAGAAAUAAGAGAACAACAUGCAGUUUCCGCUUUCAUUGCUUACGUCACGGAAUAACAAAUAAAAUGAGUGUGCUGCUAUCUGACCAGUGGUGUGAUACCUCAGGAAGAACAGAGCUACUGUUGCUUGGGGGCAGCCUUCCUGGGCAGGUCUUCAAAUACCAUUGUGCCGUCCUUCAGUCCCUGAAUCUCGUCCUUGGUGAGGAAUCGGCCUCCGGGACCACGCGGCCGCCGCAUGGCGUGCUUGUGCCGCGAAUCGUGCAGAUAUGCCUUACGCUGGCGGUUACUUCCUAGCUUGGCCUCCAGCUUUGCUCGCUGCUGUCGACGGAUCAUAAUGCGGUGGUAUUGCUUGGCGUUGACGUAGACUGGCUCCUCCUCCGUAGUCUCGGCCGAGUUGGGAGUCGUAGGACGCGGGAACAUCGACUGCGACAGCUAAAACGACAAGACAAAACGUCAGUUAAUGAGAGCGUAAUAUAGUACAAACAUGUGCUCAAGAUUUACCAUAUAGGGCUGCAUCAUGGCGU